UUAAACGAAAUUUAAAACGUGAAUCGUGAUUCGAUUUAACGCACAGUGAAAUACUCGUAGAUAUUCAAAUUUAAUUGACUAGCUGCUCUAGGUACAUAUUAAUUUAGAUUUUAUGAGAUAUAUGUACAACAAAAUUCUGUAAAGUGCCUCUAUAUAUUAUAUUAUCAAUAUUUAAUGGAGUCAACAGUUUCAGUUUCAAAGGGAGUAUUUCUAUUUUGUAAUGGAUUCAAUAAAACAAAACAGACAAAGAAGAAAACUAAGCGAAACCCCUUUGAAGCAUUGUUUACUAAUGAACCAUGGUACACCACUUACAAAUGCAACUGGGAACGAAUAGAAAAUCAAAUAAAAGACUUGCAGAAUAACACCUACAGUUUCUUAGUGAAUGAUAUAGUUAAUUAUGUGAAAUCAUGUGAACACGAUGAAUAUAAUACCCAUGAGGGCAUAAUUCCAAGUGCUACCCUUUUGACUGGAGUAAAUCAACCCGAUCAUUUUAAUCAAUUUGUAAUUCUUAUCAAUAAAAUCAGAGAGGAUGUUACACCACAUGUAGCUCUUGUGAACUCUCAGGAUGCUCAAACUUUAAAAACUUUGGUAGAGAAUGUUGUUUGGCAGUUGAUAAGGGGUCAGGAUGUUUUGGACAACUCACUCGAUGAGUCCGAUGAAAUGGAUUAUAAACCAAAGCUUAAGAAAAGUCAAUGUACGAUGAGAUCUCUGCUCAACUGGUACAAGAACAAAUAUGUUGAUGUAUCACCAAGGAAAUCUAAACACUCGCAGCAAAGAACCUUAGUCAUAAUAUUGCCUGAUUUUGAAAGUUUCAAUAGCAAUGUCUUGCAAGACUUUGUAAUGAUUAUAAGUUCAUAUUCAUCAUUGCCUGUAGUAUUAAUAUUUGGUGUUGCCACAUCUGUAUCUGCCUUACACAAAUCUUUUCCGUACCAUGUUUCAUCUAAACUUCUUAUAAGAGUAUUUCACUCGCAUCCCUCUCCUGUUUAUAUGAAUCAAGUUUUGGAAAACAUUUUCCUAACCCAUAAAAGCCCAUUCCACUUAUCUGGUAAAGCUUUUGAGUUGUUAACUGAUGUGUUUCUUUUCUAUGAUUUUUCUGUUACGGGACUGAUACAGAGCAUUAAGUAUUGUAUGAUGGAGCAUUAUUAUGGGGACAAUAUUAAAACACUUUGUUGCAGUCAAGAUCAAAUAGAUUCAGCCAUAGCAAAUCUAUCAUCCGAUGACUUGGAGAGUAUUAGACAAUUGUUAUCAUUCAGACCAUUUCUGGAAGUACAAGAUUGCCAAACAAAAAUUGGUUUAUUUGAAGACGAUAACUUCUUUAGGGAAGUCCUGUCCAAAGAAAUGCAUAAACUGCAUGAUUAUAUUCAUAGUUUUUAUUUAUGUGUGAGAUUGCUCUUCAACUUUGUUAAGGAUCUACCAAAAAAUAUUUUUGGUAAAACUAUUCGGGAAAUCUAUGCAAAAUGUUCAAUGGAACAUAUAACAAGUACACAACCGUUCAAAGAUUGCAUGCAACUUAUAAGUUUUCAAUCACAACUCAAAUUAGUGGACAACAUAAAAAAUGCGUUGAAAGAAAUUAAUUCUCUAAUAAAAAUCGAUUCUACGAAGCCUCUUCGUUCAACUCCAACCAAGAAUAACAUAAACGUAGCCGCGAAUGAUCUUGGUAUAAGCUUUUCUAAGACCAUCAGAGUUCAUAUGAUGACUUUCUUGAGGCAAAUUGAAAAUGCGAACAGCGAAUCCACUGUGUUCAGCUCAGAAGCUGACACAGAGAUUAAUAUGGAGACAGAGAACGUUCCUGCAAGCAGAUACAAAUUAAAAGAAAAGUUACUGAGAGCUACCAGGGUUGAAAAAAUACAUUCCGAGUUCGAGUUGAUACGUUCGAGAUUCGUUAGUUAUUUGGAAGAAAUAUUGUCAAAAGGUCUGCAGCCUCCACACAAACAGACGUUUAAUGAGAUCAUGUUCUUUGGUGAUGUGGCGAGUGUGAGAAAACAAAUCGUCGGUUCACCGCGAGGCGCAUUACACACAGCUUUAAGUAACCCAGCGCAUUACUUGCAGUGUUCGUGCUGUAACAUAGAGUCAACAGAUUCAAUAAUGGCCAGUAUGCCGGACGUGUGUAUAGCUUACAAACUGCACAGGGAGUGCGGGAAACAUAUCAAUGUGUACGACUGGUUGCAGGCUUUCACAGCUGUUGUACACCCUGAGCCAGAUAUACCUACUGAUGAUGAUACCAAGAUACAGCUUCGUUUCCAAAGGGCGGUGGCUGAACUACAGUUUCUUGGUUUCAUUAAAACUUCAAAGAGAAAGACUGAUCACGUGAUGAGGCUCACUUGGUAGUAAAAGGAAGGAUCUAAGCUAGUUGUUACUUGUUAGUAGUACCUAAUAAUAGUGUCGUAUAUCGUUAAUAUUUAUAUUAAAGACAUUAAAUAUCAACACCGACAGCAAUUUAUAUUUUUGUUCUUGUGUUUUUUGUAUGUGCCUUAUUGUGUCUGGUUUUCAUUAAAUAUUUUUUGAUAA